AUUACACGAUCCGCUAUGCGCAUACGUACGUCCGUACGAUAUACGGAGCUUGUAUGGACAUCGACAGGACCGUCAAUGCAUGUUGACUUGUUCUUCAUUCUUGCCGACUGCUGGGUAUUUUCCUUUGGUAUAUAGCGUUAAUUUUGCAGUUUCUUAUAGGAUAGAUGACCAACAACAACCAGCCAUCGUGGCGUCGAAAAUGAGCUUUCUGUUCGGCGGGAGGUCGACCAAGACAUUCAAGCCAAAGAAGAACAUUCCAGAGGGGACGCAUCAGUAUGAGUUGAUGAAACAUGCUGAGGCCACCUUGGGCAGUGGCAACCUCAGGCUAGCCGUGGUCCUACCGGACGGGGAGGAUCUGAACGAAUGGGUAGCCGUCAAUACUGUGGACUUCUUCAAUCAGAUCAACAUGCUGUAUGGCACCGUCACAGAAUUCUGCAUGGCAGACUCGUGUCCGGUGAUGUCUGCAGGCCCAAAAUAUGAGUACCACUGGGCUGACGGGCAGACAGUCAAGAAACCCAUCAAGUGCUCAGCCCCCAAAUACAUAGAUUAUCUCAUGACGUGGGUACAAGAUCAGCUCGAUGAUGAGACGAUAUUCCCGUCAAAAAUCGGCGUGAGUUUCCCUAAGAACUUCUCCACCAUUGCCAAGACGAUACUCAAGCGUCUGUUCCGGGUCUACGCCCAUGUCUACCACCAGCACUUCUCAGAGAUCGUCAAACUCGGGGAGGAGGCCCAUCUCAACACCUCCUUCAAGCACUUCAUCUACUUCGUCCAGGAGUUCAACCUCAUCGAGUCGAAAGAGUUGGCGCCCCUCCAGGACCUCAUUACAUUAUUUAACGGCAAACCCUAAUUCUAUAUUUAAUUUUUUAAAAAAUUUUUAAUUUAAGUUUUAGGAUGCGGAUAACUGUUUUCAUGACUAAUGACAGAAAUGGCUUAAAGGCAUCAGAGUUGAGGCAAUAUAGUUUGAAACAGCCCAUGCCUAGGCUUAUCUUUUUCAAGAAAUUGGGGAUAUGGUGAAAGCAAUAAUGAGGGUUCACUUUUACCUUGGCCUUUUCAGUCUGCACUUAAGAUGAAAGAUAGCACAGUCUGUGACACAUACAUCCAAUUGAUGUUGAGUUCUCCGUCAGUUGCAUUUUUUCUGGUACUCAUUAGAUGAUGGCCGCUGAGUUUCUGACCGUGAGUUCUCCGAGUUGUAGUGAGUCAUGUUUGUCCAGCUCUGUUUUAUCCAAUCACCAUUGAGUUUCAGACCUUGAGAUCUCAGCAUUGGAGUGAGUCAUAUAUCACUCUGCACUCAUCACAUGACCAACAAGUCUCCGAUUUUGAGUUCUCCAAAUGGGACUUGAUCGUAUUUUUAUUUUCACUUGUCUACUGAUAAUUUUUCAGUGGAUUUUUUUUUUUGCACUUCAGUCAUGGUAUAGACUCUUUAAGGCAUUGGUUGGCACAUACUCUAUUUUGGCUUUUAUGUGUUGUGCACCAAGUCAGCUUUCUUACACAUUGAAGUCCAACUUCUGCCUGUGUGAACAUUUAUUCAAACAUCCUGAGAAACUAAGUGGUUAUCUAGUGCUACAGAUACCUUGGGAGUAAAAUUGCUUCAUUGCGCAAAAGUAGAUAUUACAAUACCUCAUACACAUUAUCAAAAGCCAAGUUUUCACUGGUCCGUUCACCAUCACAUAUCAGCCGCUAGUUUUGCUGUUUACCAAACGCGCACACGAGGUUGCACGCACAGGUUUAUUAUACUACGCCUGCGCUUUACAAAGCAAUCGUGGAACUUAAUUGUGGCACGGGAUAGUGCGCGCGCAUGAACAUCGCCCGAGCUACAUGAAAAGAUGGGGGCACACGCACAACGUUUUGCCGAGAAAAGUGAAAUUUUGGUGAAUAUGUGUGAGGUAUAGUAGAACAAAUAAAACAUGGUUUAUUUCGGGUGGAUAGUCGAUAGUACAUCCCCUCCGUGUCGGAAGUUGACAAACUAGUUCCCUUAGCUUUGCCUAGGGGAACGUGUUUGUCAACUUUUAAUAUCUCGAGGAACUAGUAUCGACAACCAACCCGCAAACUAUGUUUUAUUUGUAUAUUAGCACACGAGCAACCACAAACAUGAGCUCAGUGUUGACAUAUUGCUACAUCUUCAUAUAUGCCAAUAUCUUUAACCAUCCUGCUAUUAAUAAACAGUCACAGAUCACAGUCCAAAUUUCCACCCACUUCCCCUGCUAUACUUUUAACACAGGCUAUUCACCAGCAGUCGGAUCAUAUGUCAAGCGAGCACUGUGACUAGUCAAACUCAGUCAACAGACCAUGAACAGACAAAGCAGGCAAGUUGUGGUCACAGGUUUUUUAUCACCUACCUAGAGUCAAAGCAUAGCUGCAUCAAGUUACUUAAACAGUCCCAGCCAGUCAAUCCUGCCUUAUGUAGCCUGGGAAUUCUUAACUGUUGAAAACAGUCACUUGUUUGAUUUUGACUUGAAGGACUACUUGGCACAGAAUGUAUGUUCGCAUAGGAGGGUUAAUUCCAAGUUCAGAAAGUGUUUUGUUUUGUGAAAAUGUCGCAGCAGAAUUGAGCUACAAGCAGUUGGCACUCAUCUUUGACUUCAUGCACAGUUUGUUAACCGGUGGUUUUUAUAUUUCUUUCACUUGAGAACAAUUUUUUUUUGCAUCAUUUCAGGCACGAACCAAGAGUAUGUUUUCAUGAAAAUUCAAACAAAUGCAAUCAUCAAGUGCCUUUAAAAAAAAAAAAUCAAGCCAUUGAUGUCAAAUUUUAAAUGUUCUAGGAUCCAGUAUGAGUAAUAAUGUGUGUGAUAAGUUGCUCAAAUUGUUUUAAUCCUGCUACAUUCAAUCUCCUUUUUUUAUCUCCUUUUUUUUGGCAGAAUUGUACAGUUUUUGCAUUUUUUAAUAAAUGCUCUUAACCAUUUCGUUGGGCUCAGAACUUGCUUGUGUAUCAAAAGAUUUACAUGUAUAAAAAAAAAAGCUUUGUAUUUGACGUAACUGCCAAAACCUUCCAUUUUUGCAGCCUAACGAUACAAUGAUUGUGUCUCUUUGUAACGUGUGUUUCAAAUUAACGUUUCUGGGUCGUUAAAAGUUUGUGAAUUGGUAAGUGGAGACUAAUCAAGUUAGGUUGAUGGAUACUAAAAACCACUGUGAAAUUACCAAUCAUGUAUUUAUUGAAAUAUCAAAAAUUAUUGAAUGACAGUUUAAAACAAAAACAGUCUUAAUGAUACCAUGUACAUAGCAAUUAUUACAAUCCGACUUAAACAAAAAAUUCUAGCAAAAUUAACUUUUCCUGUCCAUAUUGAAAAGAAUCCAAGACAUUGGAAGCCUGUUUAAUUAUUUCCAAAUUUUGAUGCACAUGUCAGCAUGUGUGUAGCAACCUGCUAUUGGUACCAAAAAAUACCCUGUUUUUAGUAUCUGUUGUUCUGUUGUUUUAGUAUCAGAUACUGCAACUCAUCAGUGGAACAUAUUCCGAAGCAUUUCUAGACUGCUUUUAAUAACCCAUUUGUAGUUCUUUUUUUUAAGUGUAUGUAGUUUUAAAGAUUGGUUUUCUUUGCUUCAGGUGCAGUUUUCACGAGGUGCAGUUUUCUGUGCGCCUGCAAUUGUGCACAAAUCCUGGGCCCAAUUUCAUAGCGCUGCCAAGCACGCGGUUUUGUGCUAACAGAGCCUCCGUCCAUUCCAUGCAGACCGUCAGUAGUGAGCACAACAAAAGGCUGCUUACCAUAGAAAAAGUUGCUUAACCCAAUAAUCAGUUCACGUCAGAUGAUGUGUGUACACGCAAAGGUUUUGCAGUAUUUGGAACGGAUGACGGAUAAACACGCAACGAGCGAGGUCGGAAAUGUCUGUGUGCGACCCGUUUGCAGCGAGCGAGGCCGGAAAUAUCCGGGUGUGCUACCCGCAGAUGACGGCCAGAACCCAUCCGGCAUUGAGGUUCGUGAAAAACAAUCCCAUGCCUGGGUCCGGUCAAUGUCAAAAUGAUCCCGGCGUGAACUGGUUAAAAUCAGUGACUUAACAUUUGAAAUCUCCAUGUGCGCGCAACCAUUAGCACAUCCACAACCGAUAUAACCGAUAAGCAGCGCCAUGAAAUUGGCCCUUGGAUUGUUUAAUGACUAUAGACCCAAGAUUGAACAUUGUAUCUCUGUUGCAAAUAAUCUAUUUUACAAGCAUAACUAAUUAACCUCUUUCAUGAGCCAGGAAGGAGGUCGGAAACAACUCACUGUUUAAUUUUAUAGAUUCAAAACAUUUACUUUUGUUUGACAAAGGGUACCUGAUCAGAGAUGUAGAUAUUGGCUUCCCUCAAGUAAGAGCGGAAACUACUUGGUCUGCUAAUACUGAGUUUUUAUGAGUUUCUGAUCUUUAUUUAACUAAUUAUCUACAGGUCUGAGUCUGUCAAAUUGCUAGUGUUGUAGUCUAGUCCAGCACCCUUCUGGAAAAGAAUUCCAUACGUGGACAUCACUAAUUUUUCCCUGCAGUGACCUAUCGGGAAGCAAUAAAAUGUCAAAUUUAGCAGGGAAACAUAUUGGAACAUUUACUGAGAAAAUUCGUUGACCGGGUCCUGGCUACUGACCGAGGAGUGGUCAUUGCGGGACGAGCGGUCGUCCCUGACCGACGCAGAUUUUUCAGACCAAUCUCAUAGGGUUUGUUAACAGGGUGUCAAGCGAUGUCCAGGUAUGGGAAGUCUUCCCCAAAUCUGUACGAGUCCUCAGAGGUCCAUCACUAGUCCUCCAGCUCCAAGUCAAGUCACAAGCUAUUCAAAUGAACUGUGACGAAGACAUUCCUUGAUUAUUGCUCACCCCUGGUUACUUGUGACUGGACUUGUGAAACGACUCUGGCACGAUCUACAGACUUGUGAUAUGGACUGGACCACAACACUUCAAUCCAUUGACCAAAAAUAUUUCAGUCCGUCUUCAAUUUCCUGUGUAAAUGCUUAGCAGAGAAGUUGGUCAAUUGCAGUGAAUAAGCAAUCUUAAGCAUUUCCUAUCAUUGCAGAUAAAAUUGUCUAUGUAAAAAUCAUGAUAUUUAAUCUGUAAAACUGUAGCCCCCCCCCCCCCCUGUACAAAACAUUGACUUAAAGGGGAACCGCCAUCAUAGGGCUUGAUAGCUCAGCUGGUAGAGCACUGGAUCGGCAAUCCGGAGGUUGCAGGUUCAAACCCCACUCCAGUUGGUCAAGUCCUUUAACUUUUUUUUUUUAAUCGGUAAAAAUGUAGUUACUACUCGGAUGCUUUUUGACAAAUUGGAUUUUAUAUCCGUUUUUGCUGGCAAAAUUUCUACUAAUUUCUUGAAUGGUAUUCAUUUGACGGAUGAACAUUGGCAACAGUGACAAAGUGUGUUGAAUUAAUUAGAGUUUACGAAACUUGUUAUGUAUAUAGUUUGCUAGAGAAUUUAUGGAGGUACUGCUAGUGUUUGGCUUGUCCAGAAAUUAAUUUUGUUGUUGUUGAAUAUUUAUGUACGUAUUUAUUUUUGGUAAUUUACCUGUUCAAGAGUAAUUAAGUUUGAAAUAGUUAGUCAACAGCAUCAGAUAUUGGGUUAAAUUCGGAACUGCUUGUAGGAGAAGGGUUCCCAGGUUCUCUGAGAACAAGUUGCAACAUUUUAAAAAUCUGCAGUGCAGAUGCUUUUUAUUGACUUGUUUUAAGUCACCGGUGCAUCUAGAUAUCUCACCUUGUUAGUCUAAUUAUGGAAUAAUGAUUAAUUAAUAAAAAUUACAAAUGAAGGAAAUGUC